UCAGUCUCUUGAUUACAUUAGUGAACAAUAGUGUAAUACAAAAUAUAGCGUAUCCUCCAUAGAUAUACUAUUAUUGAAAAUGUAUAAUACUAUUUAUUUUAAAUUUGAGAAAUUAAAAUAAAUUUAAUCUUUUUAAUAAUAUUAAUUAUUACAACAUAAACAUAUUCUUUCCAAAUACCAAGGCACAACUAUGAAUUUAAAAAUUGUUACCGUACUGAUUUUAUGGAUUUUCGUUAUUAACGGACAAUUAUUUAUUGGAAGCGAAUCACACAUUGAAAAAAAAUGUACACUGAGCGACUUCGUUCCAAUAUGUACAACAAUUGAAUACAAAUCACAUACAGAUGAUUAUGACAUCACAGCAAUUUGUAAAACAACAACGGAGAUAUAUGAUGGAUAUUUAUUCAGAAUGGCUAAUGGUAUUCGGUGCUAUGACAUAAAAAUUAAUUUAAGAACAAAUGCUGUUGGUAUGCCAAUUAUGUUUAAUGGAGUAAUUUUGACUUCCGAAAAAAAAAGUUUAGAAUUCACAGUAUAUAAUUCAACUUAUCUGAAAUUUAACAAUUAUAUGUUCACCAAACAUGAUAUAUAUGACCAAAUAAAAUACAACACCACUGAUUGGAUCAUAUCAGAUAUGUAUAUGUAUGAUAAUGCAAUACCCCCGAAAAAGUUCAAUUAUAAUUUGUUCAUAUGGAAAGCUAACACCAUUGAAGAAUCCUUCAAAAUAAAAUGGAAACAAAGAAAUUCAAUUAAAAUGUGUAUAUCUAUAUCAUAUUUACUAGAAGAUGAGUCAAAAUGUACGUUGUCAAUGGACUUAAGUGUCUUAAAUCGUGAUGAUAUUUUUGAUAAAAAAAUCAUUAGUUCUUAUAAUAUAAAAGAAUCGAAAGUACUAACAACGGUGUUAUUCAAAAGUGAUUAUUGGUUACAUGAAAAUGAAACAUAUCUUUUAAAUUUUAAUCUAAAAAGAAAAUCAUCAGAAAAAAAAAUAAGAAAUUAUGACAGCUAUGGAUAUAGUACUUAUAAAACCGUAUACGCCGAAAACUGUAAGAUUGGAAUCAAACGAAUAUCUCAAUGCACAGAUGAAAAUGGAAAUGAACACGAAGAAAUAUUGACAAUAAAUGCCAAAGAAUUCCAAGAAGUAUAUUCUACUUCGUUAACCGCCGAUGUUUAUCCAUUUGAGUACAAGCCACAGGAAAAAUCUAUUUCAUUAAUUUCGCAGUGCCUUAAUGGAGGAAUCGCAAAUAAAUACGGGUGUAUAUGUCCACCAGGCUUCAAAGGCAAAAACUGUGAACACGGAUGUGGACCGAACAAAUUUGGUACCGACUGCGCUGGAAUGUGUUCAAUGCACCAAAUGCAAUGUCAGCAGAUGAUAUUUUGUACCAAAGGAUUUGGGUGCAAGUGUCCAGCAGGUUAUAGUGGAAGAGAAUGCAACAAAGAAUGCACGAGUGGUACAUACGGAGCAAACUGCGAGCAACAAUGCUCAGAGGGAUGUCGUUUCAAUUCAUGUAACGUCUUUACCGGCGCUUGCGACAAAGGAUGUACCACAAAUUACAUACCACCGGAUUGUAAAGAAAAGUAUCCGUGGCUUAAAUCUCCGCCACAAUUGGAAUCGUCAGAUUUGAAGUCAAUCAAAUUGAAGAUUGACUUGAAUUCAAAAAACAUACAAGGCAGUAGCAAUGUUAAAUCUGACUAUUAUCAAAUUGUAUUUAAGAUGACUUCGGAGGUAUCAGAAUUUCAAUACUCAGAAAUGAAAGAAAUUGGAGAACAAGAUUCUGUAAUUGAAAUCACAAACCUCAAACCCGGGAUGUUGUACACCUUUGGUGCGAUUCUAGUUUCAGAAGAUGGAAAUUACAAUAUAAAAAACAUCAAAACAGCCGAUUAUUACACCAAAUGCCUAUUGCCAAGAAGUACAAAUUAUGAUGUAAAGUUAUUGAGUGGUACAAAUUACAUCAAUGUUACUUGGAACAAGCUAAACGAUGAAAAUGAAGAGGACUGUAAAAUAACAGAAUACUUAUUGAAACUAAUAUAUACCAAUACAUAUAGCUUUAAUACAGCUUUUCAACCACUAAAUUAUGUAGAAGAAGUAAAAUCCAAUAAUAAUCAGGGAUAUAUAUUUGAAAAUCUAUUACCUGGUGAAAGAUACGCCGUACAAGUAACAGCAAUAACGUCAUCAGGCCAAUCUAAUUCAUCGAGCUUGUCAUACAUUAAUACUGAGCCUUAUGGAUAUAUUGAAAUAAAAAACAUAAAAACCGAAUUGAAUCAGAAUUCAUCGAUAAUAAUAACGUGGGACGUUGAACAAAGCCAUGCAUUUUUUUCAUUGAGUUAUGAAAUUAAAUACAAGGUUAACAAUCACUUUAGUUGUUCUAACAAAGUUCUUACAAACAAUUGGACAUCGGUGUUAGUUUAUUACUACAAAAGAAAAGAAAUUUCGGAUUUAAUACCAAAUACGCAGUAUGUUAUAAAAGUUGAUCCCAAAAUUCAAGGAUAUACUUACGACGACAAUGCUAAUAUAAUUUUUGUAAAAACACCGAUUUCUAAACCAAAUUUAACACCCAUCAUCAAUGAAAAUAAUAGUUGGUAUAUCACCAAUCAGAGUGCAUAUUUCAGUUGGAAGAUAAACAACACAGAAUGUUCCAAACUAAAUGGAUUCUUUCGAGGAUAUCAGAUCAUACUAAAAGAUAUAAUCAAAGGAACACAAGAAGAAAAAUCAAUUAAAGAAAACACGAUAACCUUUGAUGAAUUAAAACCAGACACCAAAUACGAAUUACAAGUACACGUACUGACGAAUUAUGGAUACAACUUGGAACAAGGAUUAUUGAUACCGUUUAAAACCAAAUCUAAAUAUUUAGUACCAGUGGAUGAAUUAAUAGUUUACAAGAAAAACUUAAAGCGCAAAUCAAUUGGGAUACGGUGGAGUUUUAACGAUACGGACAUCAUCGAUGGUUUUAUCGUCAUCGUAAUCGACGAGAAUCUAAGUAGUACAAAACAAAUUAUCAUAGAACCCGAAAGAUGUAUUGCUUGGCCGACAUUUUAUUGCACUACUAUUGAUAAUCUAAUACCAAACAACCAGUACACCAUAAAAAUAAAAGCCAAGUCACUAGACUAUCCAACAGGUGGUUCGACAUCAUCAGUCUUCACUAAUUUCAACGAUGGAUUUGCAGAUAAACCGGAAAAUCUCAGAACAACAAACGUAGGCCCUACAUACGUUUCUUUUGAAUGGGACAUUCCAUGGAUACACAAUGGUGUACUGAAAUCGUUCAUAGUGAACAUUGAAGAGAUAUCAUCUAAAGACAUCGAUAAAUGUUGUGAAAGCAAACCAGAUGUAGAAAUUCCGGUAACAGAAGAACUCCCAACUUAUAACUGCACGAUAAAUGAUUUAAAGCCUGGGUCCACUUAUUCGAUCGGUGUAUUAUCAAAGACUUCGUCAUAUGGACAAACUAGUAAAAUACACGUGACAACUCUGCCAUUUUCGGCUGCUAGCGACGUUGAAGACGAACAGACAAUACAAAUCGAAGAAAGUACAACAGCCCAAUAUUACGACUCUACGACUGUAAAUGAGUAUGAUGAUGAUAAUAGAUAAUAAAUUAUAACGUAGAAGAUCAUUGAGAUAAUUCUUUAAGUAACUUUUUAAAAUAUGUUUACAUUUUUAGAUUCGCUCGUCGAUAUAAUUUAUAUUUUGGCAUAAUUAAAUUUUUAUUAUUUUAUGUUAACCAAGCUUUAUAAUUUAGUAGAAAACCAAACUGCGACAAUAAGAACGUAUGAUACAUAUUAUUCAUACUCAUAGGUUUACUUUAUUUUACAUUUGAUAUAUAUUUCCUAUAGAUACCUAUAUGUAUAUAGUAUACAUAAUACAUAUAUGUAUAUUAGAUGGAGUAAUAAAUGUAUUGAUUCUA